AUGGCCGGGACACAAAACGAACACACCGGCAACUGCAUCAUCAUCACAUCGCGACAGUUGUACCCAAACGGAACAUCCAUCGCUCAAAAACCUGCCCCGGCGGUACAACCUACAACGGAUGGAGGGACAAGACUCGCGCCGCCCUCCUCACAAAAUGACCGACGAAGGAGAGAGAGAGGGAGAAGGAGGCUGGCACGCGUUGGGUUACGGUAG